AUGUGGAAGCGUUGCUGCUACCUAUUCUUGGCUAUUCAAGCCCCGUUACGGUUCAUAGCUAGCGCUGGUGGCAUUGAGCAGGGCAUUGAUGCCAACCACAGACCUGUCGCUGGGCUGUCUGAUGCUGUUGUACUCCACGAGCCACAGUGGCAAGUCGCUGACCACCGCCACGAACAAGAGCGAGAACGCCUCCUCCAUCGCAUCAGGCGGGAGACUGGCAAAUGGGACGACAAACAUCCGAGAUGGAAGAUUCUCGAGGCGUUGCACGGUUUUGCUCGGUACAGAGACUUGGCCGGAGCAGAAGUUGAUCGCUUUGAGGAUUUGUAUAAGCACGUUCCCAGCAAGCACAAGAAGAUUCUUGAGUCGGCCAUUAAGUACGAUAGCAACUUCGAUGAAGCCCGUUCAUUGCUCGACGUCAACGCCAUCGUUUGCAAUGAAAUCGUGUCUAGCGCUCUGACGUUCUACAACAUUAGCCGUAUUGAGCUCGACGAUUUCAUCGAUGCCAGAGCAGGUCGAAUGGAUAAAGGCCUCCGCACUUCAGUCUCCCAAGCGCUCAAACAUCUCGUCCGUGACUGGUCCUCCGAAGGCCACGUUGAGCGUGAUGUUACCUUUCCUUUCAUCUUCGACGCCCUGGACUCUUACCUGCCAGUUCCUAAUGCCACCCAUCCUGCUACACAGAGCGUCCUCGUCCCGGGCGCAGGGCUAGGUCGCCUGGCUCACGAAAUCGCCACUCGGAAUCCUCAUCUCGCCGUCACUGCUAACGAGUAUUCUGCUUACAUGAAUCUGGCGUAUCGCUUCGCUUCCAGCCUCUCCCUCUCAGAGCAGCGAACUAUUCACCCUUUCGUCGAGAGCUGGUCCCACGCCCGUACGAGGCACGAACUGUUCCGCCCGAUCAGCAUUCCUGAUGCCUCUGCGCCUACCUAUUCUGGUUCAGUGAAUAGACCGCUACUGGUAGAAGGUGACUUCACCCGCCUCUUCCCUCACUCGCCACACAGAGGUCCUUGGGACGCCAUCGUCACCUUGUUUUUCAUCGACACAGCGCGAAAUCUGAUGCAGUAUCUUGAGACUAUCCACGGGCUAUUGGAAGAAGGAGGCCUCUGGAUCAAUGUGGGCCCUCUGCUAUAUGGGAGCGCGCCGUGGGUGCAGCUCAGCCUUGACGAGGUUGUGGCUGUAAGCGAGCGAAUGGGAUUUGUGUUUGAGAAGCAGGCGUGGGAGGAGAAGGAGGUGCUCUACAACUUCAAUGGUAGUAGCUUGUACAAAAACGGGUACGUUGCACAGUUUUGGGUUGCGAGGAAGGCGAGUGCAAAACGAGAUGCACGAGGAAAUGGUUGGUGGGGGCUUUGGUAA